UCAUGCUCUCAUCAUCUGGGCUGGCCAAAGCAGCUUGAAUGGCUGGAAUGGCUUGAAUUUUCAUCAUCGUGGAUGUUGUCUUUCCUUUUCACAAAAUACCGCGCCUUCAUCGGUGGGCGUGUGCGCGCAUCGAUUGCCACGGUGCUGAGCGAGCGAGCAGGAGCGCGCAGUUUUUCCGCCUGACUCUCGAGAACUAAGUGAACUGAGUGAAGUGAGUGGCUGAGCCUUUCUCCGACGUGGAUUUGGACAUGAGUUGGACCUAGUUGGACCUAAGGGAGGAGAGUCGUGCGUCUGGCGCAGUUCCUCUCAAGGCAGAACGAUAUCGAUCCAUUUCGUAUUUCUUUCUGGCCGCUCUUGGAUGGACUCACCCUCAUCAUCAUCAACAUCAUCAUCAUCAUCGUCAUCGCCUUGUGGGCAUCCAUUCACCCAUCCAUUCAUCCAUUGGCCGAUAGAUUGGGGCCCGGCUCGAUGGCCAGUUCAGUUGCCAACCCGUUGACUACACCCGGCCCGGGGGGCUCGGGCUCAGCUGCCUUGUCGCCCAGCGCCAGUCCUAAGAGUACAGCGUCGUCCACGGCGCCCAUCCUGAGCAACAGUGCCCGUAGUCCGCCUAAUCCACCUACCGAGUUGAAGACCCGCACGGCUUUGUUACUCAUCGGACUGAUCUUCGUGGUGGCCACGGCGGCCCUGGCCUUGGUCUACCUCUCCUUUCCGGAUUUAGACCCGGAUGAGGCCGAACACGUCAAAUUCCCUAAAGACAUUGAAGAUGCCAAGAAGUUGGGCUUGGUCCUAUCUCAUUACAAGGACCGAUAUUUCUUUCAGGUGUUAGGAGGUGUAUUGGUGACGUAUUUGUUCCUGCAAACCUUUGCCAUUCCCGGCUCGAUUUUUCUAUCGAUUGUGUCGGGCUUUCUGUUCCCUUUCCCUGUGGCUUUACUAGUGAUAUGUUUCUGCUCGGCGACGGGCGCCUCAUUUUGUUAUUUAUUGAGUUAUUUGGUGGGUCGACGACUAGUCAAGACCUAUUUACCGGAGCGUGCAGCUUCAUGGUCCGAAAAAGUCCAGCAUCACCAGAGCAAUCUUCUAAGUUACAUCAUCUUUCUCAGAAUCACUCCCUUCCUGCCAAAUUGGUUCAUCAAUAUUGUCUCUCCGGUGAUCGACGUUCCUUUGGGUCCAUUUUGGUUCGGAACAUUCGUGGGUGUGGCACCGCCUUCUUUCGUGGCCAUUCAGGCCGGAACGACCCUUCAGCAAAUGACUUCCACAGCUGAGGCCUUGACAUUCCAGUCAGUGGCCUUGUUGGUCGUGUUCGCUCUCUUGAGCAUCGUCCCCGUCAUCUUCAGGGAUAGGAAAAAGAUACGGGCAUUCUUCGUGAUGGGCUAUGCCCAUUGUCAGAAGCUCACAAUGACGCGCUCGUCCUGUUGUUGGGGGUCACACCCACAUGCUCAUGGCACUCCCGAAUCGACGCCAUCUUCUCCUUUAGCCUUUCCUUCUUCACAAGUAUCACAGCCAACAAUAAGUCUUUCGAUUCCGCCUUGUCCAGAAAGUGAAGAUAACUCCCAGUUUUGUCAGAAUGAAGUCCAAGUUCGAUUAGAGGAUGACGAGAUUCCUUACGAUAUGAAGCACUCGGUUCUCUCGUGACGAUUUGUGAUUGUAGAUUUCUGUUAAUUGUUCCAAGGCAAUUUCACUAGCUUGAAUAAAAAAGAUCAUUCCAAACCACGA